AAAAAAUCCACACAUAAAAAAAAAAGCUCCUUUCUCUUUCCAGCUUUCUUCUUUUCUUUUCUUUUUAACCAUUACUUUAUUUCUUUUUUUCUCUUCUUUCUUUGAAUUUUCUCAACAUGAAUUGUGCUACAGAGAAUGAUUGCCCGAGAUUCAGGCCAUUUGCAUCUCCUACACAACGUUUAAUUAAAGUAAAAAAAGCUAAAUACUCUACCUCUUUGGACCCAAGAGGCUAUAUACCAGUAUAUGAAUAUACCAUCAAUGGGCAGCCUAUUAUGUGGGAUCGAGAAUCGGGAUAUGUCCAUUUUACCGGUAUUUGGAAAUCACUUGGCAACUCGAAAGCCGAUAUUGUAAAAAUGGUCGACUCUAAUCCCGAGUUGAGAGUCAAAAAGAUUCGAGGAGGUUUUCUUAAGAUUCAAGGCACUUGGAUCCCUUAUGAGUUUGCUUAUAUUCUCUGUAAGAGAACAGCAUGGAUUAUUCGUAAAGAUUUAGCAGCCAUAUUUGGUCCUCGCUUUAUUACAGAUGCACUUGACCCUUCGCAUCCCGAAUACGGUUGCCUUUUACUUAACCCAAAGAAUGCCCCUUCUUUCAAAUCCUCCAAUCGACGAGACAGUUUACCGGCAACGAUGCGACAAUCUUCUCAACGCCCCUAUAAGCGCGAGUUGAUGCGUACCAAAAUCCCACGGGAUAAAGCAGGAGCCCAGUUGCCGCGAAAGAAGAAAAGCAAAAUUGUCUCGAGCAUGUCGCUCUCAAGGUUGCUGAAUGAUGAUGUAGAGUAUGGAUUCAGUGAAUCACCGAAUACAACACCCUCACCCACAUUUGUUCCCAGUUUUUCAUUUGAAGAAGAAAGCUUAUUGCCUCCUAUCUUUCAGUUGGAGAGAAGGUUUUCGGAGCCUCGUAUUACACCUAUUUAUAGCCCAUCUUCAACAGACUCUUGGUCGCCCAAGUCACCUCCUCCUCUUCUUCCUGCGUCUCCUGCUUUUGAAACUUCGUGUGAGAAAGAUAUCAUAGAGACUAUUAAUGCUACACUUUUGUUACAACGUUUGUCUCAAGAUGACGGUGUGAGACCAUUUAAGCCUUUAGAUCAUGGUUAUAUACCAAGCAAAGUCAUGGUAGGAAAUCAAGAAUUUAGAAUCCAUUGGGAUGAGGAUUAAAAGUAUAUAAAACUCCCUGCUUAUUUGAUAAAGUGACGAUAUUGAUG